AUGGUCUUCGAUUUUGUGAUUUGUGGAGACUACAACCUCACUCCCCCUGGGUUUAUAAUCGACCUCCUUCACUUUUUGAAAAAUCUUAGACACCAUGCACGCUACCCCACCGUCAUCGAGGGCACAAUCAUCGGUGUUCUCGGGUAUCUCGCCCUGACCCGUCUCUUGCGCUGGCGAAGAUACAACGCCAUCCACCGGGAAUACAUGAAGAAAUAUCAAGAUGGAACGCUCACCCCGGAAGAGGCCCAACGCAUUAUUCUGGUAUCAACUAGCUAUGACAUGCCAUUGCUGCUGAACUAUUCGCUGGCAUUCGCCUUGUUCAAGACCUAUGCGAUUCCAUCGAUAUCAAAGUUGUUGUCCGUGACUGGUGAAUUUAAGUCGGCAGAGACGGUUUCGAAACGUUAUGCGGAUACUGAGAUUCUGAUUGCUACCUGGGUGGCCUGCCCGAUUUCUGGCUUUCUGGACCCCAAUUUCAAGUCAUCAGAGAAUGGACCGCCCGCAGACGACCCGAGGGCUAUGAUUGCUCUUGCGAGAGUCAACUGGAUACACUCCCGGUACAGAAUUCGAUGGGCAGAGCGUUAUGGAUGGCGGAAGCUCUCCCCAAUGGAGUGUGAGGCGUUUUACGUCUUCUGGGCUGAAAUAGGGAGACGGAUGAAUAUGCGAGAUAUCCCCGAGUCUCGCGAAGAAAUGAUAGAAUGGAGUCGGGACUACGAGGUGAAGAAUAUGAUUCCAGCUGAGACUAAUAAAGAGGUCGCAGAGUAUACCAUGGCGGAGCUUCUCUCCGCUGUUCCGACACGUUUCGGCCUCCGGAGUUUCGCUGUCACAAGGGUGGCGCUUUGUUUGCUUGAAGAUAGGGUGAGGGUUGGGAUGAUGCAACCUGCUCAGCCAUGGUUCUUCCACGCAUUAACGCGUGGCGUCAUGGCGAUGAACUGGACUGCACAACGCUGGUUCCUCCUUCCCAGGAUAUACCCCUCUUUUCCAGUUAAGAUUGAUCUACCCAAGCCAACCGGGGAGAGGUGUCCAAAGCUGCAUCCAAACAAAUGGCAAUAUCGUCCUUGGUACAGACCCGAGAGCACCGGUUUGGGUUACCUCCAAAAUAAGUUUCUGGUGGCCAUUGGCUGGUAUAGCGAGAUGCCAGGGCCUCACUUGAAGAGCUCAGGCUAUCGUUUAGAGGAAAUGGGCCCUUUCAAAUUUGAAGAUUCUGCGCAUGAGGAAGUCAUGCAGAAGGCUGCUGAGCUUCAGGGUUGCCCCGUCGCUGGGCGGAAGGACGUCGUGGUGAUGAGCCUCCCCCUUGAGCAUCAGCGACAUUGUCGUUUCCUGUGGACAACAGUGGAUUAA